GCGUGCGCCGCUGUUGUUGACGAGAAACGGACUGGUUUCCUUUACCCACAAUCCUCGGCCGUUGAUCCGUCCUUCCGGCUUCCGUCUCAACUCCGAGUCGAUAUGGCCCCAACUAAGAAAGGAGAGAAGAAGAAGGGGCGUUCAGCCAUCAACGAGGUGGUGACCAGAGAGUACACCAUCAACGUGCACAAGCGCAUCCAUGGAGUGGGUUUCAAGAAGAGGGCCCCCCGUGCCAUCAAGGAGAUCCGCAAGUUCGCAGUGAAGGAGAUGGGAACUCCCGAUGUGCGCAUUGACACUCGUCUCAACAAGGCAGUGUGGAGCAAGGGUGUCAGGAACGUGCCGUACAGGCUACGCGUACGUCUGUCCAGGAAGCGUAACGAGGACGAGGACUCUCCCAACAAACUGUACACCCUGGUCACGUACGUUCCUGUCACCACAUGCAAAGGUCUGCAGACAGUCAAUGUUGAUGAAAACUAAAUUUGUCCCCUCUGAGAGUGGAAUAAAUAAAACAAAAAGA